AUAAACACCGUUGCGGAAACGAUGCGCAAGCUUGUAGAAAAGGUAACUUUGCAAGAUUUCGUUAGCAACAUUUUUACGGUCCGAGUUAAAGUUUAUACAUUUUAAACCCGAUUGUUACGAUUUACUGCGCAAAUGUUAUGAAUUCAAAACGGCUCACGAGGAUAUGUACUCAAAUUCAUUGCAUAUUGUAGCACUUUUUAUUUUUUCUUACUACUUUUGAGAUCCAAGGGUCCGAAUUAAUUAAUUUACUCUAGAAUUACCUACCAGAUGAACCUUUGACGGACAAAGGUCCUACAAAUACCGGGCAGUUUCCUGCUCUCUAACCUCGCCUUCCUUUCCUAACAAUCCUCUCUCUCUCUCUCUCUCUCUAACACCAUGGUUCUGUCCAAGACUGCAUCCAAUACCGAUGUCUCCGUCCACUCAACCUUCGCAUCUCGAUACGUCCGAACCGCCCUUCCCAGGUUCAAAAUGCCGGAUGAUUCGAUCCCGAAGGAGGCGGCGUGGCAGAUCAUAAACGACGAGCUGAUGCUCGAUGGGAAUCCGAGGUUGAAUCUGGCUUCCUUCGUGACGACGUGGAUGGAGCCGGAGUGCGACAAGCUGAUCAUGGCUUCCAUCAACAAGAACUACGUUGACAUGGAUGAGUACCCCGUCACCACCGAGCUCCAGAACCGGUGCGUAAACAUGAUAGCACACUUGUUUCACGCGCCACUGGGGGAAGCAGAGACGGCAGUGGGAGUGGGAACAGUUGGUUCAUCGGAGGCUAUAAUGUUGGCAGGAUUAGCAUUCAAGAGGAGGUGGCAGAACAAGAUGAAAGCUGCCGGAAAACCCCAUGACAAGCCCAACAUUGUCACCGGCGCCAACGUUCAGGUAUGCUGGGAGAAAUUUGCAAGGUAUUUCGAAGUGGAGUUGAAGGAAGUGAAGCUAAGCGAAGGGUACUAUGUAAUGGACCCUACUAAAGCUGUGGAGAUGGUGGAUGAGAACACAAUCUGUGUGGCUGCUAUUCUGGGGUCCACUCUCAAUGGAGAAUUUGAGGAUGUUAAACUCUUGAAUGACCUCUUGGUGGAGAAGAACAAACAAACAGGAUGGGACACACCAAUUCAUGUGGAUGCAGCAAGUGGUGGUUUCAUUGCACCAUUCCUGUACCCAAAGCUGGAGUGGGACUUCACCUUGCCCCUUGUGAAGAGUAUCAAUGUCAGUGGCCAUAAGUAUGGGCUUGUCUAUGCUGGAAUUGGGUGGUGCAUUUGGAGGAGCAAAGAGGAUUUACCUGAAGAGCUCAUCUUCCACAUCAACUAUCUUGGUGCUGAUCAGCCCACUUUCACCCUCAACUUCUCCAAAGGAUCUAGUCAAGUAAUUGCUCAGUAUUAUCAGCUCAUUCGCUUGGGUUUUGAGGGAUACAAGAACAUAAUGGAGAAUUGCCAAGAAAACGCAAGGGUCCUGAAAGAAGGCCUAGAGAAAACAGGCCGGUUCAACAUUGUGUCCAAGGAGCAGGGAGUCCCCCUCGUGGCCUUCUCCCUGAAGGACAGCAGCAGGCACACGGAAUUCGAGGUCUCCGACUUCCUCCGCCGGUUCGGCUGGAUCGUGCCGGCCUACACAAUGCCACCCGACGCGCAGCACGUGACCGUGCUCCGUGUGGUCAUAAGGGAGGACUUCUCGAGAACCCUGGCCGACCGCCUGGUGGGCGACAUCGUGAAGGUCCUCGAGGAGCUCGACGCCAUCCCGGCCAGGGUCACCUGCAAGCUGGCCGCGAGCGAGGAGAGCAGCGAAGGCAAGCUCGUGAAGAAAACCGCAAUCGAGGUGCAGAGGGAGAUCACAACGGCGUGGAAGAAAUUUGUUCAGAACAAGAAGAAGACUAGUGGUGUGUGCUGAGGGAUUAUAGGACCCCUUUUCCGGGCCGCUAUAUAUCCGCCUCGUUGCCAUUCCUAAUGUUUCGUGUCUGGCUUAUCGGUUGGCGCUACCGCUACCGGCAUGAGUUGUUAUUAGUGUUUGUUGUGUAUCUCUGCCUUCGUAUUUUAAGUGUGAAAUUUUUGCUGAAUAUUAUCCAAACAUGCGGGAAAUUUGUGGUCGAUAAGACUAUGGUUAACGUCAUUUGAGUGAUUCGAAAUCAUCAAUUCCAGAAAGACAUUUUGUUGUCAA